AUGUAAAGUCACCAGAUGCUGGGCACCAUGGCUGAGCCUGCGGGAGAAGAGGCCACUUCCAAAGUUGGAGAACUCUGCCGUGUAUGCGGACAGUCCCACUUGUCGCCAGACAAUCACCUCUAUAACUUCCAGGACGAAGUGGAUGAUGAGCUGGUUUGUCACAUUUGCCUUCAGCCUUUGCUCCAGCCUAUGGACACGCCUUGUGGACACACGUACUGUUUCAAGUGCCUGGAGAACUUCAUGCAAGAGUACAACUUCUGUCCUAUGGAUCGGAAAAAACUCUCUUUCCAGAACUGCCGGAAGUCCAGCCUGCUGGUGCGGAACUUGCUGGAUAAGCUCAUUGUCCUCUGCCCCUUCCAAGAGGACUGCAAACAGACUCUGCAGCGGUGCGAAUUAGAGGCUCACUUGCAGAACAGGUGCCCUGGCUUCAGGAAAUACAUAGCUCAGCUAGAAAGCAAGAAGAAUCCUCGCUCCAGGUUGAAGGGAGAUUCCCUUUCAAGGCCAGAAGCAAAUCCUCCGAAAGAGCCUGAGGUAGUGAACGGGCUGUCAACGCUGGUGGCUGGAAGCUCGAUUGCUGCUGUGGUAUCCUUGGAGACCGCAGAACCUGGGCUGGUUAAUCCAGCUUUUGAUGGGAGUGAAGAAGAUUUGCCUCAGAGAGCUAGUCUUUUAGCGGAGACCAGUUUAAUUGAAAUUCACCGAGAUGACCCCGAGGAAGACCUUGGGAUGCGGAUAGUUGGUGGUAAAGACACGCCACUUGGCAACAUCGUCAUCCAAGAAGUUCUCCGUGAUUCAGCUGUUGGCACUGAUGGCAGAAUUGCACCUGGAGACCAUAUCCUGGAGGUGAACGGUGUCAACAUUAGCAGUGUGACUCAUAGCCAAGCUAUCUCCUUGCUGCGCCAGCCCUGUGCGGGACUCCACCUCCUAGUGCUGCAAGAGAAAGGGUUCACCACCAAGCCUGGGCAACCAGAUUCCAGCCCUGCGAUAAACCAGGAAGUGAUCCACGUCACUCUCGUGAAGAGAGACCAGUCUGAACCCCUUGGUAUCAAACUGAUCAGAAAAUCUGACGAGCCCGGGAUUUUCAUUCUGGACCUGCUAGAUGGAGGUUUGGCAUCCAAGAAUGGGAGGCUGAGUCGGAAUGAUAAAGUCCUUUCUAUCAAUGGGCAGGAUCUACGACAAGGAACACCUGAGAUAGCCGCACAGAUAAUCCAGUCUAGUGAAGCAAGAGUCAACUUUGUCGUUCUGCGUCAGUCUGGGAUGCAGCUGCCAGAUUCCGUUGAGGACGGCGGCACCUCAAACAGCAGCAGCAGUAGCAGCAGCAGCAAUGGGGGCAGCCCCGUGCUCCAGCGCAGGAGACCUGAGCAGAACCACUAUCGACGGAAGUCAAGCUAUCAGAAGGCACUCCCUCAAGGAUACCUCAGCCAGGAGAAACUGGUUACAAUAAAAAAGGAGCCGAAAGAAUCUCUGGGAAUAACCAUUGGAGGCGGGAGAGACAGUCGGCACAGGCUCCCUGUGUAUGUGACCAGCGUCCAGCCUGUCGGGUGCCUGUUCAGGGAUGGAAGAAUUAAGAAAGGAGAUGUGCUUCUGAGUAUCAACAAUAUUGAUUUGACUCACCUUAACUACAGUCAAGCCAUCUCUGCCUUGAAAUCGAAUGCUGCGUUGCCCACGGUGGUGCUGAAGGCCCUGGAGAUCAUCGUGCCGGAAGAGUCGUUCGAGUCCCCGGAGGUUCCAGAAAGCAAGGAAAGCGGGUUGGGCUGGGCUAGCUGGACUCCGCUGUGGGUCAGGUGGCUUGGAUUACCUAGCCACCUCCACUUCUGUCAAGAUAUCGCCUUGCACAAAAGCAACGCGGAGAGCUGGGGCUUCAGCAUAGUUGGUGGGUUUGAAGAAAGCAAAGGGAGCCAGCCGUUCUUCAUAAAAACCAUCGUGCCUGGAACACCUGCCUUCUGGGACGGAAGACUGAGGUGUGGAGAUGAAAUUGUGGCUGUCAAUGGCGUGUCUGCUGUGGGCAUGAGCAACGCACAGCUAAUCCCCAUGCUGAAGGAGCAGCGCAACAAGGUCGCCCUGACAGUGGUGUCCUGGCCCGGCAGCCUGGUGUAGGACAUCAGUCCUCCUGAGCGGUUGAACUCUGGAACCCCUUCGACCACAGACAGUGCAGCCUGGCACAUCAGAUGAACGGAGGGGGCCGUGACUGGGACCAUUCGUGCUGCUCAAGGCCUCUCCCGCACCCCUGCUACCACGCCAAAGGAAACGUCGUCUGCACCAAGCUCUCUGGCAGAAUAAUGGGUUUCUGCCAAUGGAAUUCUGUCACCAGGACGGUUACGUUCUGCAGACCUUUACACGCACAUUGCACAGUUGGGGCCCUGAGCCACUGCCUGCUUCUCUCCUGAAACCCUGUCUCCUCCAUCCUGCGCUGAUAAGCACUGGGGCAAGCAGAGCCUGCUGACGGUUUUCAAGAUGAGGUGGCCCAGAAGGCUCCGUGAUAUUAGCCGGUAUUUGACUGGGUGUGACGUUGGUGGUCACACCAACCUAUUGGCAGGAAGUGGCCACCAAAGGAAUGCCUUACAGGAACUGUCCUAGCUGUCUCCCCCCUCUAAACUGUCGGUAGCACGUGUCUGUGAGAACUGCACUGUUUGGGAGAACGGUCAUCCUUGUCCCCAGCAUCAGCCAGAUCCUGGGAAAUCAUAGGAAGGAGCAUGAGGGAGCUACCUUGGGCACUGUCCUCCCCUGCUUUUGAAUGCCCCGAGUUGGACCUCCAGCUCUUCCAGGGGCCGGCACUGGCUCUGCCACUGCUGGAAAGAGUUGGGUAGAGACCUAAACAUGGUCUUCAGGCUGAGCAUAGCCCACUGCCCUACUGGGUGGUGAAAUAGCUCUCUCUGCCCUUCUCUCUGGAAAGCUUCCUCUCAACCAGUCGCAGUCCCAAGUUGACGCAAGCAAGCAUGGCUGUGUCUUCAUGCCCUCUACAAAGACUAGAAAUUGCUGUACACCAGCAAGUGGGAGACUUCUGUAGUCUGGGGGAAGUUAAAGAGAUGGUUGCAGUUCCUGCCCAUUCCUGUAAAGGGUUGGCCACAGAGGGGCCAUGCAAAGCAUCCCAUGGGUGUGCAGGAGAAGUGAACAGGCGCCUUCCCUGUUACCCCUUUCGUAGCCAUUUUCCUUUGUGUUAUUUCUUGUACUUAAGAGUGGGGCCCUGCGGCUCAGUGGUAGAGCACCUCCUUGACACGCAGAAGGUUCCAGGUUCAAUCCCUGGCAUUCCCAGUUAAAGCGAUCAGAGAGGAGGUGGUGCGAAAGACUUCUGCCUGAGACCGUAGAGAGCUACUGCCAGUUUGAGUAGACAGCAGAUAUGUAGACCCCAUCUGCCCCAUAGCUGGCUCCUGAGUGGCCUUGAGCCAUGCCUUUUCUGCACACGGAGGUGAGUAGCUGGAAGCAAUAAAGCCAUUUCUUUGCUCUCAUUCUCUCUCCCUCUCGAGUGUGUCUCCUCCCUUUCGAAGAGGAGGGGCUUAUCACCCUUCUCCUCCCCUCUCUGCCGGGUCUCUGUGGGACAGGGUGGUCUAAGAGGCACAAGCUGACAACGUGCCCGUGAAAGCGGAGGGGUAGAAUUCAACUAUGCAGUUUCUGACUAUGCAGAAUGUCCAGGGGAAGGGGAAAGUGGCCACCCUAAACUCAGAGUUCUCCCCUUUCUGGUUGCUCCUUGUCUUUUCGGAGGGAAGUGCCAGCA